CCAAGUGGUACGACACCCGUGGGGCCUGGUCAGAACAGUCCAAGAUAGAGACAAAAACAGACACAGAUCGCCAAGUGUGUCAGUCACACGUUACUACCCAUUUAUUUAAUUUCUUGUGUAAAAACAAAGGCACGAGGCACACUGUUCAUUCCGAUAAUAAACAACUACAAACGCUGGACACAACCUUGCACUUACAUACAUACAUUUUAAAACCCUGCUUCGGGUUUAAUGAACUUUUUGCGCAGUGGAAGAUAAAGAAAGAGCGAUGGUUCAACAGCUAUCUCCCUGGAAGGUUUUGACGCGACGGAAACAGAUCCAGGCCGAAGGCAGUGAAGGCGAGACUAAGCUGAACCGGGUGCUGGGACUAUGGGAUCUAACGGCGUUGGGAGUCGGUUCCACCUUGGGAGCGGGGGUCUAUGUGCUGGCCGGACAGAUAGCUAAAGAUCAGGCGGGUCCCUCGGUUAUGAUCUCCUUUACCAUAGCUGCUCUGGCCUCCUUGCUAGCAGGUAUUUGCUAUGCAGAGUUUGGAGCGCGCGUCCCCAAGGCGGGUUCGGCCUAUGUGUACAGCUACGUCUGCAUUGGGGAACUUGCUGCAUUUGUGAUUGGCUGGAAUCUCAUUUUGGAAUAUAUCAUAGGCACUGCCAGUGUCUGUCGAGGGAUAAGCUUGUAUCUGGACUCACUCUUGAAUGAUACGUUGAAAGAAACCUUUGCGGAGGUGGCCCCAAUGAAUGUCAAGUUUCUUGGCAGUUAUUUUGAUUUUUUUGCGUUUGGAUUGGUGCUCGUGUUUGGUGUGGCGUUGGCUUUUGGCGUGGAGACCUCGACAAUGGCAAAUAAUUGCAUCACUUGUCUGAACAUCUUCAUACUGGGGUUCGUCAUCAUAGCUGGCGCCAUCAAAGCUAACUUUACCAACUGGACUGUGGACCCAUCCACUGUGAGUGCUAAUGCCACUAUUGGCUCUGGAGGUUACUUUCCCUUUGGCUUCGAGGGGACUCUCCAGGGCGCUGCCACCUGUUUCUUUGGAUUUGUGGGUUUCGACUGUAUCGCCACAACUGGGGAGGAGGUUCGCAAUCCCCGCAAGAAUAUCCCACAAUCGAUCCUUCUCUCCCUUCUUAUAAUCUUCCUGUGCUACUUUGGCGUCUCCACCGUACUGACCCUGAUGCUGCCCUACUAUCUGCAGGACGCCAAUGCCCCGCUACCCUAUGCCUUUGAGUACGUGGGUUGGCCGGUGGCCAUGUGGAUCGUCACGGUUGGUGGCCUGAUCGGACUCCUGGCCAGUCUCUUUGGGGCCUUGUUUCCCCUGCCCCGUGUUAUGUAUUCGAUGGCACAAGAUGGUAUGCUGUUUCGGUUCCUGGGCAAGGUGAGCCCGCGAUUCCAAGUACCUGUGACCGGUUCGAUUGUGGCUGCUCUCUUUACGGCCGUUAUUGCUGGACUGUUCGACCUUGCCCAGUUGGUCAGCCUCCUGUCCAUUGGCACUUUAUUGGCGUACAGCGUGGUAGCCAUUUCCAUAAUGCUGCUCAGGUACAUGGAGUACUAUGAGCCGGAUGAAAUCUAUCCGCAAAUUGAUAGUAGAGCUUCGGAAAUGACUUCAUUGACCUCCAGGGUGGACCGUUUAACUUGCGGAUCGGUAUGCACGCAACUCUUCAACGUUCAUCGAGUGUCCGAGCCCAAUACGAUAUCAACGAGAGUUGUAGGAAUGCUGACUGCACUUUUCUGCAUUCUUGCCUUAAGUCUCGGGCUGCUGAUUAUGCACGCAUAUUCCUCAAUCAUAUCCCAAAAGGCGUGGGCACUUACUUUGCUGGUGGUGUUAGUCGGGCUAAUCUGCCUGAUCCUCCUGCUGAUAUGUCUGCAGCCCAGGGAAGCUCGUAGUCGGCUGUUCAGAGUGCCCUUUGUUCCGGUUGUACCGGCCAUCAGCAUAUUCAUUAAUCUAUACCUGAUGCUGCAGCUAGACAGCUGGACAUGGGUGCGUUUUGGGGUGUGGAUGAUUGUUGGUAUACCCAUAUUCCUUGCAUGCCGGUAUCUUCACGACUGUAAGAAUCCACAGAAUCGAAAUCAAAAGCGAAAUCGCUUUGCCUACUUUACUGCCCUGAAAGGACCUUCGACGACUGCAGACAAUGGUCUGUCCAAGGAAAGCAUAAUAACCCAGGACACUCAACUGAAGAGCAGUUCCUUCAAUAGCUUGGAUCGAAUACAGAAACUCAGUGAGGUGGGAGAAGAUCUCAUCGAAGUGAAGAAUGCCAAUGGAAAGAUCUUCUACGUGGAAGACACCAAGAGCGAGAACUCCACUGUGACCUUGGGUGGGACUGAAUCGCCAUCGCGGGAGGAUGAACAGUCCGUUAUAGCAAUGCUGGAUGAUGUCCUAGACGCGGAAGGCAUACAGCAUCAACAAAUGGAACUGGAUCAGCAGAAUCACAUCUUUGAGCGUCACUUUAGUCUGGACUCGGAGAUGUAUCCGAGUGUGAUAGAGACCGUCAUCGUGGCCACUGUGCAUAGUAGCAGUGAGGAUGACGAGGUUGUAAGUCAUCAGUCUUUGCAGUUGCGAAAAUACAAGGAAUGCAGAAUGUUUGCUCAGCAAAUGCUCGAUGAAAUGUUCAAUAGCGUUGUAUUUGCUGAGCAGCUGAAAGCGGCCUUAGUGUCCCAAGGGGCGGCUGAACCUCAGGAGAAAAACGAUUCAAAGGAUAUUUUAAGAGAUAAGUCAAAACAUCGAUGUCUAGAAUCCGAUACGUCCGUCCGGUCUCAGGCAUCGGCUAUCGAGUAUCCCAUGCAUUCAGACAAGUUUAAAGAGCGCUUGAGCCAAAUUAUUAUGAAUGCCAGUCCACUCAAAGUGAUUACAUCAAUGAAGAGGAAAGGGGAGCCCGAGCCCGAGGAGAGUGAAGCUGAGGUAGAACCAGCGGUAAGGCCAAAACGGCCGCUGCUAAAUCAAUCAAAAAGUGAAACCGAUGUGCGCCGGCUAAUGCUUAAGGCCAUCAACGGGCUUAAAAUCGACCAUAGUGAGGAUGGUAAUGUUUUUAAUGUCUCCUGUAAUUCAUAUGCCACCCACACCUACUCAGCGAAACAGGAUCCGAACAGCAGCAUCGUCAAACCGGCUGGGCAUAUUCCUCGGCCACCGAAAUUCGAUCCAAAUCUCCACAAGACCAUCAAAAGCAUUAAUUUGCGCAAACAUCGUCCCAGUUUGAGCCAACAGCAGGUUGUGGAUGCCAAGAACCUAGAGGUAGCAGCAACUUUAGUUUCCUCAACGGAACUAGAGCCAGAGCUGGAGCCAGCGCAGGGGCAGGACCCGCAGUUGGUUCCAUUCAAAUCGAUAUUGGAGGCCAUAUUGAAACGCGGACCCUCGCACCGCACUCAACAGCGUACGGACCCUGUGCGUCGUCAGCGCCCGCAGUCGACCCGGGUUGGGGCUGAGACAGAGGAGUCGGAACGCUAAAUGAGGCUGUUGUGCGUAGUGAAACCAAAGAGUGUGCAAUUUACCCAGCUAAAAGUAGUUAAACGUUCAUGUGGAAUCCAAGAAAUGUAGGUUGUAAAGAGUUGUAUAUCAAUAAA